AUGCGAAAAAUGCUAUCAUUUGUAAUCUCCUUGGUCGCCUUGUGUUUGCUGUUUGUCUCAAGCAAAGUGGUUGACCAAGCUAAUGCAGCGGAUGUAAUAGACGAUGCAGUGCUGCUACAAGGUUAUCGCCGACACAUCAUCCCGAAGAACAGUGUUGCUUUUCAGAAUGGAACGCGUCAUCCGUUACUGGUGGAUGUCAACAUCUUUGUAUACAGCUUCAGCUCAAUCAACGUUGCGGCUAUGGACUACACAAUCGAUCUUCUGUUACGCCAAAGGUGGUUGGAUGAGAGACUUUUAGUAAUAGCACCGAAUGAGCCGGUACCAAAGGCUAUAUCAUAUAUGAAGGAAAUGCUGUGGCUACCAGACCUAUUUUUCAGGAAUGCAAAGAGCGGCUUUUUGCACAAAAUCACCCAACCAAAUUAUCUCAUCUGGGUGGACACUGAUGGUGUUGUAACAUUUAGUCAAAAAAUAUCGCUCAAAGCGUCUUGUCCGAUGAAUCUGUGGAACUUCCCAUUGGAUACCCAGUCAUGCAAAUUGAAUAUGGGUAGUUACGGUUACGCCAAAACAGAUCUGGAUUUCUGCUGGUGGCGGAAAGAAAAAUACAUACCCGUGGACAAUGUCUACUGGAAUCGAUCUACAGAGAAAGCGGUUGUUGUCCGACCCGGCCUUGAAAUUAACGAGUUUGAACUUGUGGCUAGUACGGCCUAUUACUGUGACGUUCAGUACUCUACCACAGGGAAAUUUUCUUGCCUUGAGCUAGAAUUCAAGCUACGGCGACGUCUUGCCUUUUACUUGAUCUAUGCCUAUGUGCCUUCUAUGUUGGUUGUGACCACUUCGUGGGUUUCAUUUCUUCUGGAUCCGUUGGCUGUCCCAGGCAGAGUCUCCAUUGGUUUACUCUGUAUUCUGUCACUGAUCACACACAGUGCUGCAAUUCUAACGCAAUUGCCUCGCGUUUCUUAUAUCAAAGCAAUGGAUUUGUGGGUAUUUACUUGUUUGGCAUUUGUGGUAACUUCACUGCUAGAGUUUGCCGCAGCUAAUACAAUCCGUAGAAGAAGCCUAGGCGAGUGCGGCCCCAAAAAACAGAAACCUGCGUCGAAAAAAGAAGCAGCACCUCAGAUUGUUGUCCAGGAUCUCAAGCCUGGUAAAUUGGAUGAGAAGAAAAGCAAGGAUUUAGAACUUUUGGAAGAAGAGGAAUGCCAGGGUUUGACUGAACCAGUGGGUCAGACACUCAACGAUAAAGAAGGCACCGGUGACCUGCUAUGUGGCGGUUGUUUGCCCAGUCGCUCGCGGUUAAGAGAGAUUUUCCAGGGAGAACGCCUAGACGCCAACUUUGCUAUUGGCUAUCCAAUUGCGUUUUUGUUGUUUAACAUUUUAUACUGGAGUUUCUACCUCUCAACCAGGUAA